AUGCCAUUAAAGGCUAUUAAAGGACAAGUCAUAGCAGAUUUUAUAGUCGACCACUCCAUAGAGGAAAAUGCACUAGACUAUCUCGAAUUAGAACCUUGGAAGUUGUACUUCGAUGGGUCUAUUCUUAAGUAUGAGACAUGCAUAGGAGUUCUAAUUAUUUCUCCUAAUAAAAUUCCAAAAAGAUUCAGGUACAGAGUGGAGGGUCUCUGCUCAAACAAUGAGGCUGAAUAUGAAGCCCUCAUAGCCGAACUUGAAAUGUUGUUGGAAUUGGGGGCAACUCGAAUCGAAAUAAUGGGUGACCCAGAGUUAGUCAUAAAACAGAUCACAAAGGAAUACAAAUGUAGUAAGGAGAAUUUAAUUAUGUACUUCAUAAUAGCCAGUCGAUUGCUAAAAAGAUUUGAAGGGGCUACUAUACGACACAUACCUCGACUAGAUAAUCAAGUGGCUAAUGAUUUGGCUAAGAUUGCAUCUGGAUAUAAAAUUUCAAAAUAA